GGGUCGGGCUUCCCCUGUACGCCAGCCAGCCAGCCAUCCACUCCGCCAGCCAGCCAGUCGGCCCCGUCCCGCUCACAGAGGAGGUUGUUCGUACGGACCCGCUUGGAUUAUAACUUAGCAUUUUUUUCCUGUGACAAGCGUAGUGCACAUUGAUGUAAACGAAAGGUUCUGUUCAAGACACACACAAGAUGUUUUCCUUCCACAAGCCGAAGGUAUAUAGGUCAACCACAGGCUGCUGCAUCUGCAAAGCAAAGUCCAGCAGCUCACGCUUCACAGACUCAAAGAAGUAUGAAGAUGACUUUAUGGACUGCUUUAACCUGAAGGAACGGAGAUCUGGGGAAAUUUGCAAUGCCUGUGUCCUCUUAGUGAAGCGCUGGAAGAAGCUGCCCAAGGGGACUGAUCGUAACUGGCACCAUGUGGUGGAUGCCCGGGCUGGACCUGGUACAAAAUCAUUAACUAAAUUCAAAAGUAAGAAAAUAAAGAAGAACAUUGACAACCCAGAUAAGCCACUGAAGGAAAAGAUCAAGAAGAAGCACAGGUACAUCAGGAAGGUUGGGCGGGAGAGGUCCCCCGGAGCCCUGAGUGAUGACAUUGCUGUGGGUGACGAGAGGUUAAGUGAUGGAUCUGGCCCGUCUGUGCCUGGCUCCCUGGCCCCAUCCCCCUACCCCUCCCCCUAUCCUUCGGAGGAUGAUGCAGACUCACAGGAUCGGACGAUACUAUCAGGGGCUGCAAAGAGGAAGAAUUCCGCCCCUUCACAGUUCCAGCUCAGCAGCUUCGUGGAUCUGUCAUACUGGAAACAGGAGAAGGUGUGCUGUGGCAUCAUCUUCCGAGGGGACUGUGGCGAGGUGCUCAUUGACCCUCGGUUCUUCCACCCCUGCUCCUGCCGCAUGAAGUCACUGGAGCUGUCCCCCGCCCCCACCCCUGCCUCCACCCCCCGGGCCUCGUCUUCAGAUGGCGGCAGCAAUUAUUAUGAUGAUGAGAUCUUGGAAAUGAUGUCUGAGACCAACAUGAACGAGGACGAGGACUACCAGGACUCUGAUUCCUUGGACGAUCGGUUGGACUAUUAUUCUUCCGUGGGUGGAUCCCCCUCAGGCCCCCUCAUGCCCCACCUUACUACGGGACUUGCAAGUUAACUAUAGUGUUUAUUAGCUGGCAAAAUUAUGACUAACUACCUAUUUAAUUAUUGGUAGAUAUGUACCUUUUUUAUUACUAUUACUAUUAUUAUUAUUAUUAUUAUUAUUAUUAUUAUUAUUAUUAUUAUUAUUAUUAUUAUUAUUUAGAUGCAACAAUUAAAAGAGUAAAUUUUCCAAUGAUCAAUAUUAGUGUGUUCCGAAAUUUUAUUUAUUACCCAUGGGUCCAAGACUUGUAUUUUUCAGGGUUGAUAUGUAAAUUUUUAAAAUAACUAAAAAAAAAAAUGUAUAUUUGGCACAGAGCUAGGCUGCAGCCCCUCUCAUCUUUUUUAAGUCUUGUUGUGACAAUCUGUUUCAUGGCAAUACUCGUCUUGCUGCACCAAUCAAGCCGUCCACCUCUGCAAGCAGUUUACCAGUUGUCCACGUUGAAGACUGAAUCAGUUAGUACAUUCAUACAAAACUAUUUUAUAUUACUAUUUUUACCCGUCAAAGAUUUUAUAUAUAUCAGAUUUAGAAGAUUUAAUCAUGUACUGCAUUCAGUUUUCAUCACGUGAACACUCAGUGCAACACAUUCAGUGGAUGUCAAAUCCCAGCUCAGUCUAUGGAAAAUGAAGCCUUGAAGCAAACCCCAUGCAAGCUUUAAAAUAAACUGAACAGUGUAUGGGUUGUGAGAGGUGUUGUUACCGGUGCUGUGGGUAGUGGUGCUGCUGCUGCUGCUGCUCUGCUGCUGCUGCUGGCAACGGCGGGUGCGGCAGGACGGUUCUAGGAUCUCCAUAUCAGGGAGUGGGCUCGGCUGCCUCUUGUCCUCAGGUCACAGGGCUCAUGUGCUCAGUCCACCAGUCACUGGCUCCUCUCUUGUCUUGUCAACAUAACUUUCCCCCUCAUGAUAGAGGAUUUGGCAUCCUUUACUUUUCUUACCACCUUGAGUACUGCCAUCACUGAGAGCUAGUGGGAGUGGUAGUUGCUCUCCUGCGUGUUAAAAUCUUGUGAUAUGAAUGUUUCCAGCACAAGUACCUUAGCAGCUGUGGUGGUGAUGGCUGGGCUGGACGCACUCAGGAAGGUCAUCUCCUGUUGGUCCGCGUGGCACAGGCUGCUUCUGUGCCGGUCUGCUUGAGGCCUUUUUCACAUACAGAUAAUAGACAUUUAUCAAGGUGUGGAAUUUGUACAUUUUUGACAUGAAGAAGCUGUAGUGUAAUGCUGUGUAUUAGCAACUUUUGAAUUGUUUACCUCUGAUACACACAAAGCCCAUGUGAUGCCUCCCUCACCCUUGGCCACGUGCUGAGCCGUGUCUCUUCCCAAACCCUUCAAGGCCAGGGCAGUACAAAAUCUAUCUUUUUGUUACUCAAUAACUAGGAAAAGUUUUGUUGAAUUUCUACUAAGUAGAGGUUCCAUUUUUAAUAUAAUGCAUAAAGUGAAAUAUUUUUAGGUAAUUACAUAUUAAUAUUUUUAAUAAUUUUUCAUAUGCAUAAUGUGUUGUGCUCAACAUUUUUUCCACAAUAUUUUUUUCUAAUGUGGAGCCAGAUGACUGUGUAACCGACUUGCCUGCCAUAUUGCAAAUUCAGAUGAAUUAAUCCCAAACCUGAGUCUAGUCUUCAAACAUUUUUAAUGUUAAGGACUUGAUAAAAAAACAAGAAAAAUAAAAAAAAAUCGAACAGACGGCCCUCAGUAUUACAAGGUACAAGUUAGUUUCUUUUCUAUUGCCACAGUAUGCGCUUGUUAGCACACAUGAGCGGUGCUGUCCUGAUGCUCGCUGCAAUAUGAAUCUCUGGCAUCUUGGGCAGUGAUUAGGAGGUAAAUGGGCAAGGUAUCCCCGGGCGACACAAGUUUACCGGGAAGGUAAUAUUGCCUUGCACCGAGCUGGUGCAGGCGCUUGUGUUUGCUUGGAGAAACUUUCUAGGAAUCAAUGCAAAGGUGAAACAUCGCUCAGUGCAGGAUUGGAAUAGACUUACAGCUCUCAUUUAUCGGAGUUCUUGGUAAUUCAGGUUGUAUGCUGUUGAAUUUCUGCUGAAGGGAAAGCCUCUUUUUUUUCUUUUUUUUUUUAUUAAUUUUGUAUAUACUAAAUUUUUGUAAAUUAAAUUAUGUACAUAUAAAAUGAUGACAUUAUUUUAUUGUUGUACUGACCUAAAAUUUCUCAUGCAUGUUGUUUUGAAAUUGUUUUUAAAAGAGUAGCGAGCUAUUGUAAAGUUUCCAGUGUACUGCACUGAGUCUGGAAAACAUUUUUAGCUCUACGAGCCUAAACUCUCCCAAAGACUGUGAUUAUUUUCAAUAUGAAGAAUGUUUUAAAAUAAUGUGACAUUAGAAGCAUGUUUUCUAUAAAAAUGCAAUCUGGAAAAAAAAAAUUGUACAUGCAUUGCAUUCCAAAGAUUGUUAUGUGUAUAAAUACUAUUACUAUCCCUCAGAAUAUUUCCAUUAGGUAUGGACCUGACACUUAUUUUAAGUGGUGUCACUGACCAUUGCAUUUCUGAUUUAUGAUAAUUAUUAUUUAUUCUAAUUUAAUUCAGGUAUACUACUUAAGUGGGUAAAUUGCAAUGUGACAGGCUUAAGUCACAUAGCAGAUGCCACUAACAAAGGGCAGACAUUGCCCCCACCGCUCAAACUGACCACAUGACCUACAUCAAAACACUUGUUAUGGUGCCCUUGUUAUUUUCUGCAGCUGUUAGUGACUUAUUGCUUUUGUAUUUUACUAGUAAUUUUAAUGGGUGUGGCUCACGUUACGUGCCCCAGUCAAGUUCCGGCAGGUGAAAUGGGCCAGGCUCGGAGGCUGCGAUGUGGUCAGCGUGAGGGGCGGGCGUCGGCCCCGUUGUGGCGUUGGCACAAAUGAGUCUGCAACUGUACAAAGUGCUGUAAUUCAUGUGACAGUGCUCUUUGUUACCAAUACUCCCUUCACAAUACAUUUGUUUUAAAAUGUGUGUGAAUAAAUGGUCUUCAAAUUGUGAUAUAUGUACAUCUGGUUAUGUGUAACAUGGAUUUAUAUAUUUAGCUAAAUUUCCAACAAUUGUCAUACAUGAAAACAAUUUAGCUCACACAUACACUACUUUAAUUUACACGCUGAUAUUUAUACAUGUAUAUCAAAUUGCUAUAUUAGGUUGUAUUUUAAAAGUAAUAUAUUAAAAGACCUGUACUUGGACUAGAGCACUUUCUAGGGGUAACAGCUGCAGCAAGUUUCCUACUACAUCUCAUAAGUACCUGGGAGGAGUCGGGGCGAUCACUGUAGUUGAUAUUUGUAAAAUGAAUGGCUGCAGUCGGGAGUGGUAUGAGUGUAUCCAGGGUAACCUGUUUGCUCAUUCAAUCAGGUGUCACUGUUGUAGCUCAUGUGAUAUCCAGAACUCAGAGCUGUGAGUUUUUCGCUUUUAUUGUCGCCCGGAUCCUCGUGGGUGUAUAUGGGUGGUCAGAGGACAGUCAGAGAACAGGUUCUCUCCUUUGUUAACAGUUGUUUUGUAUAAUGACAAAAGAUUCACAUAUAAGCUUGUUUGUUUAUAAGCUUAAACGUGUGUCCAUUUCUCUGUUCACUUAUUUAAUGUUCUGUAGUUGUGAACGUAGUUAUCCUUUGAAAGUUCAGUACAAUAAAGUAUUGUCUAUUA